AUGUCGAAAACCACCGCAUCCGCCGCCGACUUCGACACGCCGACACUAGACACGGAGUCUUCCACACUCCUCCACUCCAUUUACGAACACGGAGGAUACGCCUACGUGAGGAUGGCCUCACAAGCUGCCGCCGGCGACGUCCGCGCGGCGGAGGCGGUUAGGGAGAUGGCGUGGGAGCAACUUCACUCGGGACCGUGGCACUCUGUGUUGCCGGUGUGGCGUGACGCGUACUCGAUGGCGUGUCUUCACGUGGCGAAGCACCACUACGGAAACGGCGAAUUUAAGGAGGCGCUUAGGGCUUUGGAUAUGGGGAUCAUCAUGGGAGGGAGUCUGCUUAGAAAGGAUUUGGACUCUGCUAUUGGUAAGGUUUCUGAAAAGGCUAGGAUCCUUAGGGUUUCUGAUAGCGACGAUCAUCGACUCGUUGAUCUAGAUUUUGAUGUGUCUAAGGUGCUCCAACUUUUACCUUUGAAGUCCCUUGCUUCGAAGCUUGUGGUGAAGAGGUCUGCCCUGUCGCUGGAGAAUUUCCUGAAAGAUCAUUACCUGUCUGGCACCCCAGUUAUCAUUAGUGAUUGCAUGGCGCACUGGCCAGCCAAGAAAAACUGGAAUAAUAAAGAGUACUUGCUAAGAGUUGCUGGUGAUCGCACUGUUCCGGUUGAGGUUGGGAAAAACUAUUUAUGCUCAGAUUGGAAGCAAGAACUAGUUACAUUUUCAGAGUUUCUUGAGCGGAUAAGCUCCCAUGGCUGUUCUCCCAGUGGUCCUACAUAUCUUGCUCAGCAUCCAUUAUUUGAUCAGAUAAAUGAGCUUCGGAAAGAUAUCUUUAUUCCUGACUAUUGUUUUGCUGGUGGAGGGGAGCUAAGAUCUCUCAAUGCUUGGUUUGGUCCAGCUGGAACAGUAACACCAUUACACCAUGAUCCACAUCAUAACAUACUUGCACAGGUUGUUGGGAAAAAAUACAUUAGGCUUUAUCCAGCAUCUUUAUCUGAGGAGCUUUUCCCUUACUCAGAAACCAUGCUUAGCAAUUCCAGCCAGGUUGAUUUAGAUGACGUAGAUGAAAUGAAGUUUCCUAAGGUGCAAGACUUGGAAUUCGUAGACUGUAUUUUAGAGGAAGGUGAAAUGUUAUACAUCCCGCCAAAGUGGUGGCACUAUGUGCGGUCUUUAACUACCAGUCUAUCAGUUAGCUUUUGGUGGAGUGAGGGUGAAAGUUCAUCGCCAUCCUAA